CACUUGACUGAAGGUUCGGCCCUGGCACCGCCCUCAGUCCCCAGGCGCUAGCUGACUGGGGUGGUUGGGACCGCUAGCUCGGCAGGCUGGCAGGCUCCGGGGCGCUACUCCACUGGCGGCCGGGAUGGAGACUAUGCGAGCGCAGCGGCUGCAGCCUGGUGUGGGCACCAGCGGGAGGGGCACUCUCCGAGCGCUGCGGCCCGGAGUGACUGGGGCCGCGGCUGCCACCGCCACACCCCCUGCGGGCCCCCCGCCUGCCCCGCCGCCUCCCGCACCGCCCCCGCCGCCGCUGCUCCUGUCUGGGGCCCCAGGACUACCCCUGCCCCCCGGCGCCGCCGGCAGCCCGGCAGUGCUGCGAGAGGCCGUGGAGGCCGUGGUGAGGAGCUUCGCCAAGCACACGCAGGGCUAUGGCCGAGUGAAUGUGGUGGAGGCACUUCAGGAAUUCUGGCAGAUGAAGCAGUCCCGUGGUGCUGACUUAAAGAAUGGGGCUCUAGUGGUUUAUGAGAUGGUUCCCUCCAACAGCCCUCCUUAUGUCUGCUAUGUCACCCUGCCUGGGGGAAGCUGCUUUGGGAGUUUCCAGUUUUGCCCCACAAAAGCUGAGGCCCGGAGGAGUGCUGCAAAGAUUGCGCUAAUGAAUUCUGUGUUUAAUGAACAUCCUUCCCGAAGAAUCACUGAUGAGUUCAUCGAGAAGAGUGUCUCUGAGGCCCUGGCAUCUUUCAAUGGCAACAGGGAGGAAGCUGACAACCCAAAUACAGGGAUUGGUGCCUUCCGAUUCAUGCUGGAAUCCAACAAGGGCAAAUCAAUGUUGGAGUUCCAGGAGCUAAUGACAGUUUUUCAACUGCUACACUGGAAUGGCAGCCUUAAGGCCAUGAGGGAACGACAAUGCUCUCGGCAGGAGGUGUUGGCUCAUUAUUCGCACCGGGCCCUGGAUGAUGAUAUUCGCCACCAAAUGGCCUUGGACUGGGUGAGCCGGGAGCAGAGUGUGCCAGGGGCACUGUCUAGAGAGCUGGCCUCUACUGAGCGGGAGCUGGAUGAAGCCCGACUGGCAGGCAAGGAGCUGCGCUUCCACAAGGAGAAGAAAGAUAUUCUUGUGCUGGCUGCUGGGCAGUUGGGCAAUAUGCAUUCUUCCAACUGCUAGGCAUCCACCCACAUAACUCCCCAGGCUUUCCACAGCCUUUUUUUAUGUCUCCUUUCUAAGAUUUAGGAUGAUUUUUUGUACAUACUUUCUCAUUUUUAUACUUUAAAAAAUAUAUAUGUGUAUAAAUUCUACACCUAGAUUCCUAUUUGCUAAGAGAUCCCUUUUCUUACUACCAGUUUUUGGAUGUAGUUUUAUUUGAAACAUCUUCAGUCCACUUUACAACAAAGAGCAGGUUGUCUUUGCAGAUCUGUUAGCUCUUAAACUUCCAGAUUAACUGUGUAGCCAUUUCAGUAGCACUAAAAGAUUAACUCUAGUGUUCAUGUGUCCUUCUUUUCAAAUAUCAGGUAACUUGAAUAAGGAUUAUGUGCCCCACCCUUACUCUCAUUCCUGCUUCCUCUUGGACUCAAACAGGGUAUGAGUAUGAAGAUUUUGCCUUUAGUUCUUGAACUGAACCAGCUUGCUAUCCCUUUCCUCCCCACCACUACCUUAUUCCUUCUCUGCUUCCAAAUUGCCACUUUGUUUUGAGGCUUCCUUCCCUACCUUAUUAUUCUGAAGGAAGUAGAGAUCUUGCUUCUGAAACCCCUCCUAAGAAACUGCCCAGGGACAAGAUAAAUUACAAACAAUUCAUGGGAGUUUACUACCUAAGUUGCUUCUAGGGCAUAUGUAUACCAUACUAGUAGUCUAGAUUUCUGGAUAUACUCUACAGUAGAUGGGGGUUAUGGUUGAAACUGAUUCUCUUUCAGUAUUCCCUCUAAACAUCUCCCCUACUCCCCCAGCUUAGUUAAACCCUGUGUUUGGACCUUCCUGCCUGCAGCUAUUAGUAGAAGGUAAAACAUAUUUCCAUAUUUCCCUUCACCUAACAUUUUAUUUUUUGGAAGCGUUAUCAGUCCUAUUUGGUUAGUGAGAACCAUGUUCCCCUUAUUCCCGCUAAGUUGCUGCUGUUUACUACCUUAGAUUCUCAUUUGUUUUCUCUUUCUUUCCUCUUCUUCCACAUUAAUUAUUAGAACAUAAGUUGAUCAGGAAAAUUAAAUGAGACUUUAGUAUUUUGGCACUUCCUAAUUGACACCUUGGGAGACUGCAGGAAGGGAAAGAGAAUCAAUGAUCAGUUAUUUGUGUGUGUGUGUGGUUUUUUUUUUUUUUUUGGAAGACAGAGUCUCACACUUUUGCCCAGGCUGGAGUGCAGUGGCGUGAUCUCGGCUCACUGCAACCUCUGCCUCCAGGGUUCAAGCGAUUCUCUUGCCUCAGCUUCCCGAGUAGCUGGGAUUACAGGCACACGCCACAACGCCUGGCUAAUUUUUAUAUUUUUAGUAGAGACAGGGUUUCACCAUGUUGGCCAGGCUGUUCUUGAACUCCUGACAUAAGGUAAUCCACCCGCCUCAGCCUCCCAAAGUGCUGGGAUUACAGGCGUGAGGCACUGAGCCUGGCCUAUUUGUGGGGUUUUUUUGUUUUGUUUUUGUUUUUGUUUUUGAGACGGAGUCUUGCUCUGUCGCCCAGGCUAGAGUGCAGUGGCGCGAUCUCGGCUCACUGCAACCUCCGCCUCCCAGAUUCACACCAUUCUCCUGCCUCAGCCUCCCGAGUAGCUGGGAUUACAGGUGCACGCCACCACGCCCAGCUAAUUUUUUGUAUUUUUAGUAGAGACGGGGUUUCACCAUGUUAGCCAGGACGGUCUCCAUCUCCUGACCUCGUGAUCCACCUGCCUCGGCCUCCCAAACUAUUUGUGUGUUUUUCUUUUUUUUUUUUUUGAGACGGAGUCUCGCUCUGUCGCCCAGGCUGGAGUGCAGUGGCGCUAUCUCGGCUCACUGCAAGCUCCGCCUCCCGGGUUCACGCCACUCUCCUGCCUCAGCCUCCUUAGUAGCUGGGACUACAGGCGCCCGCCACCAUGCCUGGCUAAUUUUUUUGUAUUUUUAGUAGAGACGGGGUUUCACCGUGUUUGACAGGAUGGUCUCGAUUUCCUGACUUCGUGAUCCGCCCGCCUCAGCCUCCCAAAGUGCUGGGAUUACAGGCGUCAGCCACCGUGCCCGGCACUAUUUGUGUUUUUAACACCAUUCUCCCCCACCUCUCUCCUGGGUGACAUAAGAGAGAAAUAACCUGUAGUACAGCAGCUAAAGUAUUCUCCUUUCAGAGAAUUUUUUUGGAGGUCUCUAAUAUAUAUUUCCCCCUUGUCUCUGUGAUCUCUUAUUUAUACUAUAUUAUUGUCACAUGUACUUUCUAAACUGAGCUUGGAACAUUUAGUAUUCCUGCAAUUGGACUUUCCACUUAACAAUUAUACAGACUUUGCUUUUAGAAAUAGAUUAGGUUCCAAACAGAAAGUUCAAGUGUAACAACAACAAUAAAAAUAGAUUAUGAAACAGGCUAUAAUUGGCUCUUUUGGAUUUGAUAGGGGCAAGAUGAAAGGCAACUUUCUUGCUUUUGAAAUCAUGUUGGGUAAGAGGUAAGGAAUCCAGCUACAAUUUUAUUAGUGCUUGAAACGGGCUUCCUUGAAUUCUCCAGGCCCUAUCAUUUUUUUUUUUUUCUUACUAAUCAGAAGAGAGCUGGGGUAGAAGCCCCAUGUUUGUAUUCCAUGAAACACGUCGGGUGGGAGUAAAGGCAAAAACAGCUAGACACACCAGGCGUGUCUGUUUGUAUUGACAUUUAUAAGCUGGCACUCAUCAACACUCCUGUUUCUCCUUUCUCUGGGAAGUGUGGGUUAAGGGGUGUGAGUUGUGGGAAGAAUUGCCCUCGUACCUCCUGGAUUUAUUAUUUUUCUCAAAUACCAACCAAUAAGAUCCCAAAUAACUUGAGAAAAAUUGUUUCCUGAUCUGUCCACUUCUGGUGUCAAAGAUUUUACUCAUCUUCUUAGUACAUUCUGUGUAUUUUAUAUGUAUAAUUUUAUACAAUUAAAAAUAGAUUUUUGUCUAGUGA